UUGUCACAAGUGUUCAAGACCAAAAAAUGCCAAAAUGAAAUCAACCCUGCUGCACUUUUGUGACACAUCAAAAUAACAUAACUUUUUGAAAUAUUCAAGCAGUUCAAAAGCAACGUUACCAACAAGGAAUAAACUGCAUUCACACCCGUUAAAUAUUUUUUCAGCGACUUGAGAAUAAUCGGAAAUGACGUCAGCAGAGGGAACGGUUGGCGAUAGCAUUGUUUACAUUAGAUACAGUAGGUAGGCAAGGUAAUGGCAGCAGUUUUGCAGCCGCAGAAAGAGGCAGUGAGUAGUACCUACACUUUCUCUAGCCGGCCAAGAGCGUUGCAGAACCGACAAAAGUAUAGAGAUGCAGAGCAAGUGCAGCAGAAUGAAACACUACCAUUUUAUGGGAAUAUCAUGUAUGACAGGAGGGUUGUGCGUGGAAACACUUAUGCCCAACAGAUAUUACCUGUGAAUGCUCAGCCAGACCCACUGGAGAUCCAGAGGCAGCUGGAGGCUCGUAGAAGAGCGAUUGCCAGGAGACGUGCCAAAGAGGAAUUUCGGGCUGUCACCCCAGAGGCAGUAGAGGGUAGAAAGCAUAUAGAUGUGCAGACAGAAUUAUACCUUGAAGAGCUUAGUGACCGUAUUGUUGAAGCUGAUGCUGAGUGUCAGACAGAUGCAUUUCUGGAUAAACCAUCUACACCUCUCUUCAUUCCUGCAAAAACAGGCAUGGAUGUGGCCACACAAAUAGAGGAAGGAGAGCUGUUUGACUUUGACAUUGAGGUAAAACCAAUAUUGGAGGUGUUGGUAGGGAAAACAAUUGAGCAAGCUUUGUUAGAAGUUAUGGAAGAAGAGGAACUUGCUAAUUUACGUGCCCAGCAGCAGGCGUUUCAAGAACUGCGUAAUGCAGAACUUGUGGAAGUUCAACGAUUAGAGGAACAAGACCGGAGAUACAGAGAAGAAAAGGAACGCCGCAAGAGACAACAGAGGGAAGUUCUAAUGAAGGAGAAAGAAACAGCUGAAAAGAUAGCAGCACGAGCAUUUGCUCAGCGUUACCUUGCUGACCUUAUUCCAUCUGUGUUUAGUUCUCUCAGAGACAGUGGCUACUUCUACGACCCAGUAGAAAGAGAACUUGAGAAAGAAUUCAUGCCAUGGCUGAUGUCAGAAGUAGAGAAAACGUUAGAGAAAUCUGUUUUGGGAAGGACAGUCCUUGACCUUUUGAUUCGUGAGGUGGUUGAGAAAAGGAUCAGUGACUUCCAACAAGCAGAUUCUAUGAGUAUACCCAGCUAAAGCAUUCAGAAGCAGUAUGGAAGAAAAUGUUGGUGAUUUUUUGUGGCUGACAGACUGGAGACAAGAGAUUCACUUAAAACAGAAUCAUUAAUAUUUCUAUACUCAACAAAAAUGUUUAAACGUCAGUUUUAUGAUGUCAUUAAAAUUCAUCACCAGAUAACA